UCUGGAUCUUGAUUCUAGGUUUUAAUAUAAUUAAUUACACCACCAAGAAAAUUUUAACUAACAUCUUUAAAUUCGAUCACUUUGUAACAGAACUUUUCAACAGGUAGCCUGCCACACAGAUCCAGUGUGUAGCGUCACAUAUGUAAUCAGCAGAUUUACGUGUGUAGGCAGUUCAUGUGUAAUGUGUAAUGUGCAGUAGUUGCUGUUGUUGCUGUGGCCUGAACAGGACGUAAACAACAACAAUUAUGAACGUCUCCACAACUAUGUCCACUCUUGAUACCGAGCAGUGUGCAAGCCUAGGGGAUGUGUCCACCCUGGGGCCUCGGACUGACCCACGCUCACCAAUGUCCAUGGGUCAUUUGGGAGCCUCCACUCUGUCUAUGAGAGCUAAGGCUGCUAGAAAACGUAAGGUCAACGCUACUCACAACAGCAAUUUUAGGGCUGGCUACAUCCCAGUUGAAGAGAAUGCACUUCACCGUGCAGGGAUUAGAGGUCGCAAGCGCUACUUCCUUUAUUCAAUUGUUGGGAUUUUAAUUUUUAUUGCACUCCUAAAUAUAACAGUGACAGCAUGGUUGGUUCACAUUCUUGGCAUGAGGUUCCACGGCCUAGAGAGCAUCGAACUGACCAGCAUCAGGGGCAGAAACUUUCUCAGGGUCCUGCAUGACGCUGACAUAUCAGCCAUGUCAUUCAAUGACGCGCCCCUAGGGGCAAGGUACAACUCUCCACUCACCCUUGAGGCUAAUGGCUCAUCUGUGGAGUUAAAACUGACCCAGCCUGACACCAAAUCUUCUCUGACCCUGGGGGACAAGAACAUCACCGUCACCACCGACAACUUCCAUGUCAGAUCAAACCACAGCAGCGAGUGGCUGUCAACCAGCCUCUCCUCUCUCUCAUCACAUGACCUGGUGGUCAACUUAUCAGUGGACAACAUUACAACUAGUCAGAUCAAUAGUGUGAAAAAAUUCAAAGAUUUGGUGUUGGAGUCAGGCCGCAGCGUAGAGGUCUCAGGGUCGCAGGGACUGAGCCUGAAGAGUCAGCGCCGGCUACACAUGGCAGCAGCAGAUAUUUUCAUUGGCUCACAGUUUUCAACCACAAGCCUCACCCCCAAGAAUGGCCUUCACCUUGAUGGGAAUGUACCGAGGGUGAGAUCCGGAAGUCAGGUCAGCACUGACCUAGUGACCUACCAGCUGUGUGUUUGUGCCACAGGUCAGCUGUUUAAAGUUCGUGUCCAUAAACCAGGACAGCUGUGUUCAGAUGUUGGCAGUAACCUACUCACUGUGUGUGGGGCUGGCUCAUAACUGUGUGUGGGAGGGGUGUGUGGGGCUGGCUCCUAGCUUGGUGUGGGAUGGGUGUGUGUAGCUGGCUCCUAACUUUGUGUGUGUGGGGCUGGCUGUUAAGUUUGUGUGGGAGGGGUGUGUGGACUGACACCAAAAUUUAUUUUGGACUAAUGUCUAUCUGUAUGAUUGUAUAUUGCCUUAUUUAUAUUCAAUGUCGUAUGUAUGUACAUGUUUGUUUUUGUAAAUAUAUCAUGCAUGUGAUUACAUUUUUAAAAAUAAAAAAUUGUAAAACG